AUCCCGUUUACCAAAACGAACGGUAUUUUCCUGGAUCAGUUGGAGCAGAAUCGUGGUCACGGCGGCCGCAUCAGUUCUCUGCUUGGCUACGUCCGCCUGCAGGGUCUGGUGUCGCGAGGAAACCUUGGCGAUGGCCUGCGCGUCCGUUUUGAGAGCGGUGCUACCGGGUUUCCUUGGCCGGUAGAGGUGACGCCAGAGACAGUGGAGACCGGACGGUGGAUGUGUCGGCCCGGCUCGAUUCCUGCCAGUCCCAUAUUCCCAUUUCUCGUGGUGGCGGAGAUGCCGGACGGCGAGAACUACAACGAAGCGGGUGUCUGUGAAAUGUUUUCGCACACUUUUCGUGUCUUCACAGGGACCUUGACGAAUGAAGUGCACACUAUAUCCUCUGAAAGUGUUGCCAUGCCGUCUUUCAGUACCGGAAUGUUAACAAGGCGUAUUCUUAGUUCUGAAAAUGUAACCAGUCGACGACCCGAUGCUGAGAGAAGACGUGACGACAAAGCCAGACAGAGAAACUUGAAGGAGCUUCGAGAUGAGCCAAACCAGGAAGCCAGCUUAGAAACGUUGGUGCUGGUUGGUGAGAUGCGAAGAUCGAGCUUCAGAUCUACUAAAAAUCAUAAAAUGAAAGUGCUUGAUUGGACUGGGCUGGAGUGA